UGACUUCUUCGGUUAACCAAAAAACACUUGGAAAACAUACAAACGAAACCCACACAUUUCCAAAUCCUUAACCUUAUUAUCGGUCGCAAUAAACAUGAUUAAGCUGACCACAAUUCUACUACUCGCGAUUCUUUCUUUCACAAUCCCAUCUUCAUCAUCAUCAUCAUCAUAUUCAUCAGAUGAUGUAUGUAUCAUCGGGUCCGGGAUGGCAGGGUCAUCACUGGCCCACUUCCUCCGCCAAUACUCUUCAAUCCCAACCACCAUCCGCAUGUUCGAACGCCACCACAUCAUCGGUGGCCGUAUGGCAACUGUCACUAUCUCCGGCGAAACAUUCGAAGCCGGUGCUUCUAUUCUUCACCCAAAAAACUACCACGCUCUCAACUUUACUAAUAUCUUGAAUCUGAAAGCUUUGGCUGAUAAUGAUGAAGAAAACUCUGCUUUUUCUUUGGGGAUUUGGGAUGGUGAUAAGUUUUUGUUUAAGACUAUUGAUUCUCGGUCCAAGAAUCGGGUUGUUCAGUACUUUGUUUCCCUUGCUAAUUCGAUUCGAAUGUUUUUUCGAUAUGGGGUUUCUCUUCUUAAGAUGACUACUUUUGUUGAGGAAACAGUGGACAGUUUCUUGAAGUAUUAUGAGAGCAAGGAGACUAGACCAAUUUUCGACAAUGUGGAGGACAUGCUUAAGUGGGCGGGUUUGUACAAUUUGACAACUCAGACUUUGGAGGAGGAAUUAGUUGGUCUUAAGUUUUCGCCUCUGCUCAUACAAGAGCUGAUCACUGUAAUAACAAGAAUCAACUAUGGUCAGAGUGUCAAAAUCAGUGGACUUGCGGGUGCUGUUUCUUUAGCAGGAUCUGGAGGAAACUUAUGGGCAGUUGAAGGAGGAAAUUGGCAGAUGGCUGCUGGGUUAGUCAAUCGUUCAGAUGUUACUUUGCAUCUCCAAGAAGAAAUAGAAUCAAUCACAAAUCUUGGUGAUUUUUAUGAGCUUAACUCUACCAAAGGAAACAGUUACACAUGUCAAGUGACAGUGGUUGCUACCCCCUUGGACGAGCUCAACAUUCGGUUCACCCCUGAAAUUUCUAUCCCAGAAAGAAAAUUACAGCACACAUAUACAACUUUUGUUAGAGGCCUCUUGAAUCCUGCAUACUUUGGGUUGAAUGCAGUUUCAGAUAUUCCAGAACUGGUAGGCACCAUAGAGAGUCCUGAACUUCCAUUUACGUGCAUUUCUGUCCUCAAGCAGCAUGAUGCGAAUGACAUGACUUACAAAAUGUUCUCUCGCCAAAGUUUGACUGAUGCAUUGUUGGAUCAAAUCUUUAGCAAAAGGAAGGAGACAUUGAGAAUUAAUUGGGGUGCAUACCCUCAUUACCAUGCUCCUGAAAAGUUUGCUCCAUUUAUGUUGGAUGACAGGCAUUUGUAUUAUGUAAAUGCCUUUGAGAGUGCGGCAAGCACCAUGGAAACCAGUGCUGUUGCAGCUGAGAAUAUAGCCCGACUGAUUCUGUCAAGGUUGUCAAGCGAGCAGCUUUCAAGUUCAAAUGGCCUGAAGACUUCCACGUCUAAUUCUAACCUCCAGCAUCCAGAGCUGUGAUUCAUGUAUCUAUGAUUUUGUUUGUUGUAAUAUCGAUGUAUCUAAGAUGUUGUUCCACAUACAUAAACAUAAAUAAGCUACUAGUUUUGUGCUAUGUUGUCAUUGAUUAGAUAUACGGAUAUGUUUAUGAUGUAAAAUGACUAAUAGUUACUUGAAUACUACGAGUUUUUCAAAA